AUGAAGCCUAACCUAACGCCACCGUUUAAACUAGACUGUGGCACGAAGUGCCACGUCCAGUCUGAAACACGUCCAGGAAUGCUGCAGCAUAGACCUGCCAAGGCAAGUGAUCAGUAUUUGUAUUUUUAUUUGCAGGUGCAACAUGCGAGUAAACAGAUUGCUGCUGAUAAGCAGUACAAGGGUAUCAUCGAUUGUGUAGUGCGUAUUCCAAAGGAACAAGGAGUUCUGUCUUUCUGGAGAGGAAACUUGGCAAAUGUCAUCAGAUACUUCCCAACUCAAGCUCUUAAUUUUGCCUUCAAGGAUAAGUAUAAGCAGGUGUUUUUGGGAGGUGUAGACAAGCACACUCAGUUCUGGAGGUAUUUUGCUGGUAACCUGGCAUCUGGUGGUGCAGCUGGAGCCACUUCCCUCUGCUUUGUCUACCCCUUGGAUUUUGCAAGAACCCGUUUGGCUGCUGAUGUUGGAAAAGCUGGCGCAGACAGAGAAUUCUCUGGUCUCGGGGACUGCCUAGUCAAAAUCACCAAGUCUGAUGGUGUGCGUGGCUUGUACCAAGGGUUCAAUGUCUCUGUCCAAGGCAUCAUCAUCUAUAGAGCUGCCUACUUUGGGAUCUAUGAUACAGCAAAAGGCAUGCUCCCAGAUCCCAGAAAUACUCACAUUGUUAUCAGCUGGAUGAUUGCCCAGACAGUGACUGCUGUGGCUGGUGUGGUGUCCUAUCCUUUUGAUACAGUGCGGCGUAGAAUGAUGAUGCAGUCAGGACGCAAAGGAGCUGAUAUCAUGUACUCUGGAACAAUUGACUGCUGGAGGAAGAUUGCAAGGGAUGAAGGAGGAAAGGCCUUCUUCAAGGGUGCAUGGUCUAACGUUCUCAGAGGCAUGGGGGGUGCUUUCGUGCUUGUGCUGUACGAUGAAUUCAAGAAAGUAAUUUAAACAGCCUAAAUAGAAUUGGAAAUCAAGUUGAGCAGAUCAUGUAGAAUAACUACCAUUAUGGACCAUUGACCUUCAAGAAAUUCCUGUGAGUCUUAUUUAUCGGAGCCAGAUGAUACUUCUAGAUGGGGCUAGAAACUGACAUAGAGGACUGAUCCACUUCUCUGUAACAUGCAUGAAGACACUGAAUCGGGCAAUUCAGUGCAGCAAUUUUUCUUUACAGCAGUAAGGAAUGAGUGGCGUUGGUUCUGGGUCCAAAGUUGUUAGGUCCAGUUUAGGCAGAAAAAAGUCAUUUUUUUCCUGUGGAUCAGUCUCCGGUUUCAAGUCCUAUCUUCUAGGACCAUAAAAUUGUAUUUGAAAGCAUUUGCUAACAAAUCAUGUUCUUUUCCACUUGUACUGAAGCACUAUGUACCAUUUUGCACAGCUGAACAUCUAGCAACUUUGUUCUUAAAUUGGGGCAUUCUGCUGUAAAACAAUAAACAUACUUACUCGGU